AUGCUUAAAUGGCAACGCACGCAAAAAAUUAUGGCGCUUGUACCUCCCGCAAAAGCACCCUCCGAUGACAGCAGCACAUCUGAAGAUGAAGUUAUAAUCAAUAAUUACACAAAACCGAAAAAACAACAAUCAUCUGACUCAGAACACAACUACGAAUCAUCUGAACCACGUUCUUAUCCCUCUGAAAUUGAUGACUUAAGCUUAGAUUCACAUUCCGAAGAUGAGAUUCCUGCGACGCCAUCACCUAGGCCACUACAGCUACAAAAUGAAAGCAAGUCAUACUUACCCAAUUCCAAAGAAAAUUCUCGUCCGACGACGCCUCCAUCGCCAACUCCGCCUCAACAAAAUGAUUGCAACAUACCUGAAGUACCAUGUUCUGAAGUCCAAACUCCGAUUUCGUCUGCGUCGAUGCCACAAGAUAUAAUGAAUGAUUCCAUACUCCACAUACCAACAAUUCCCUUGUCUCCUUUAAUUAACCAAAUGUUUUCACCAGGCCCGUCAAAUCAGCCGCUCCCAUUCACACUGAAUUCGGUCUCAUCAGUAUUAUCACCUAACAUGUCUCCAGCAGCACCUAAUACACGUUCAAAGCGACGACAGAACACAAAACCUAAACACCCAGCGGCAAAAAAAGUAAAGAAGUUUGUAAGAAAACCUCUAUCAUUCAAAUUCAGAGCAGGAAAACUACAGGUUAAAGCGCUUAACACUCAUAACGGACAGCUUUGUGAAGAAACUCAUGAUCUGUGGCUUACAAUACUCCUGUAA